UCUUGCUUCAAGUCCAAUUGUGUCAGCCAGGAUGAAUUCAACAGCAGGCCUUCGAUUCCUGCGGCCUUGCCUUCACAAUGAUCUCUCCCCCGCUCGCAAAGCAGCCUACCUCCGCUUCUUCAGCACCUCGCGCUCCGUCUUAGAUCCUAAACCGCACGUCUCGCGCCACAGGAUCAAAAACCUCAAUGCAUUCAGGCAUCCUCUCUCUAAGGCACUUGAAUUCCGCGGUGAAGUGCAAGAGCGGAUAGAGGAAUUGCAAACUGCGAGGGCGUUGGAAUGGCCAAGGAUAAAGAGUGAUAAACACGCGAUGAGAAUUGAGGAGUUUCUGGCCAAAUAUCACGACUUGCAACGUGGUGAAAUGCGGGCGGAAGACUUUGUGAUGCUGAGGGGAAGGGUGCGAAGUUUCAGGAUCGCUGGCAAGGAACUCGUAUUUCUGGAUCUCGUGCAGGGUUCCAGGACCGCGCAGGUUGUGCUCAAUAGGGCCAGAUUAGAGAACUUUGGUGGCGUGGACAGAAGGCGUUUUAGAGAAUUUUAUCAUCUGAUUAGGCGGGGUGAUAUCAUCUCGAUUUAUGGGAGUCCUUAUUCCACCAACGCAGGAGAGCUAUCCAUCAAUGCUGCCGAGCUUCCGGAGAUUCUUUCGCCAUCGCUAGCUAGUCUACCGAAAACACUGGACGAUAGAGAGACGAGGAUUCGAAAUCGUCACGUCGACUUACUUGUUAAUUAUUCAGUCAAGGACACCAUUCGAGCACGGUCUCUCAUAAUCCAACACCUGAGAGAUUUCCUUCUCAAAGAUAACUUCCUCGAAGUCCAGACCCCAGUGAUUGCCGACAAAGCCGGGGGAGCCAUAGCAAAGCCUUUUACAACCGUCGCUACAGAGUUCUCCGAGAAAACCUUGGCACUCAGAAUUGCCCCCGAGAUCUGGCUCAAGAGACUUAUAAUAGGGGGUUUGGACCGUGUCUUCGAAAUCGGACCAGCAUUCCGAAACGAGGGUCUGGAUGCGACACAUAACCCAGAAUUCACAACUUGCGAAUUCUACAAGGCCUUCGCCGACCUCGAGGAUCUUAUCUCCAUGACUGAGUCCCUGUUUACUGGUAUCGCGGAGCUGCUCACUGAGCUACGUCAGCACACCUUGAAAAGGCUUCCGUUCGUCAACGUAGACCAAUUCAAGGCCCCCUUCAAACGAAUUGAGUUUAUUCCUGCCGUUGAAGCAGGACUUGGGCAGAAACUGCCCGACCUCUCCGCUGAGGACGUCGAAGAGCAAUUGAUAAAUCUUUUCAAAGAGAAGGAAUUGCCGCUCCCGUCAUCGCCAACUCUCCCUCGACUUCUGGAUAAACUCUCCUCGAUAUAUAUUGAAUCUGACUGCAUCGCCCCAACGUUCAUAAUCCACCACCCUUCCUGCAUGGCGCCUCUCUCGAAAUCCUUCCUCUGUCACAAAACCAAGCAACUUGUGUCCGCACGGGCAGAACUCUUCGUCGAAAAACGAGAGCUAGCGAAUAUGUACGAGGAGGAGAACUCACCUUUCUCCCAACGAGAGAAGUUCCUUCAACAAGCAAAAUGGAGAGAUGAUGAAAAUAGAGCUGUGGUAGACGAGAGUUAUCUCGAAGCUUUAGAAUGGGGGCUGCCUCCGACUGGGGGUUGGGGGUGUGGUAUUGAUAGAUUGGUGAUGGCGUUUACUGGAGCGAAGAGGAUUAGUGACGUGCUCGUUUUUGGCAGCUUGAGGAACGUGGUUAAUCUUGGAAGGGAGGGGGCUAUUCCUGUUGAGGCCAAACCUGAGUCUGGACCCAACUCACCAACAUCCAAGGAGGCGGAGAAGAAGGUUGAUGUAGUGGAACGAGAAGAGAUCGAAAUGUAUGCAUUUUGA